CGUAGCGUGCAGACGUCGUCAGCAUAUGAGCUCUCAAUUUUCAAGAUUUUUGAAUAUGUUAGAGGAUCUUAUUUCGCGUCAUGCCUAAUGAGGAACGCUCCUAUACCCUUAGAUCGUCUUCUAACUCCAAAUCGUUAGCAAAAACUCAGGAAAAGGGUAAAUUAACGGCCUCCAAGACCAGCAAAGCUGGGGCAUCAGGAAUUGCUAAGCACAACACGGCACGCACCGAGAACCCAGCCCAGAGGUCCCCGAGUGGUUCGCCCCGACAUCAAAUACCAGUGGACGCUCGAACGGUCACGUGACCGCUCAAACCGCCAACGCCCAAUCAAGCCUAGAACAUCACACAAUGGAUUCAGGAACUGCUGGCAGCUCGGAAACGAAGCUCAGAGGGCGCUACACAAGUCACAUGUCUGGAUUCAUGGAAAGUGGGGGUUCCAAGUAUCCAUGUGACCUAAACGUCAUAAUUGAGACAGAUGACGUCAUCCAUAUGAUAGAAAGGUGUGAUCGUCAAGAAGCCCGGAUCAAUGGAGAGAUCAACUGUUCCCUGUUAUCAAAGGACCCUGUUCUGUUUUCUGCUGGCAGGUUCUUCGUUCUUAGCUCUGGCGAAACUAACUUGCAUUUCAAAAGCAUGGUCUACCAGGCCCUAUUGCCCUUAGGAGAAAAUGGUUGCUUCUUUGAAGGGAAGAGACUAGCCAGCGAUAUUUCGUUCAAUGGGAAUAACGCUGCUGACGAUUCGUCACUGAACAUUGUAAUCAAGAAUGGGCCCAAUCAUACUGAUGAGACUUUCACUACCGGACAAGUUUCUGCAAAAUUGGUGGAUAUUGCCAAAGAGCUCACGGACAUUGAAAUCACAGGUAGCGAGGAUGACGAGAAAUUGAAAAUGGAGUGGAAGGCGAAAUUUGGAUUCUUUCUCGGGGGCGUUCUCCUCACGAUCAGCGAUAUCUUCUCCCCCACUGAAUUCUGUCCAAAGACUUCUGCCCGGGAGAGACGCCAUCUGGACACGAAAGGCAUAAAGCCUACGGUGUAUAACCUGACGGCCACAGACGGCGUACCUCUGCUAAUGACUCGCUACAAGUGCGGCAAUAAAGGGCCGAUCUUGCUCCUUCACGGACUCUGUGUUACAAGUAGAAUAUUUUCUCUAGAUACCAUAGACAAGAACUUCGUAGAGUUCUUGUGUGAGCAUGGAUACGAUAUAUGGUUGUUAGAGCUUAGAUUAUCAGUUGCCCUUCCUUCACACCAGAAAUCUUCUCGAAUGCACGACCCUGCGGGGAAAGAUCUCCCACCUGCUAUCGACCUGAUAAUAAAAGAAUCCAAUUCACCGGAUAUCCAAGUCCUUGGUCACUGUAUUGGGUCUAUAACGACGCACGUGGCUCUGCUUGGAGGCCAUAUUGACCGAAGAAAGAUCCGAUGUUUCAUUGCUUCUCAAGUCGGAUUCAGCAUGAUAUCAUCAGCCAUGAAUCAAGCCAAAGCCAAAACUAGGCUUGACAAUAUUGCCGUUGCAUUCGGCUACAAAGGACUCACCGCGUACACAGACAAGAACGACCAUGCGCGGGAGAAGUUCAUGUCUGCAGUGUCCAAUGCACUCGCACGAACAACACUCAACAAAGAGAACCAGUGCGGCAGUGUCGUGUGCCAUAGAAUUACAGCAAUGUUUGGACUUAUGUGGGAACAUCCCAACAUGAAUGAAGAAACGCACCACACAUUGUCUGAGUGGUUCGGAUUCGGACACGCCGACUAUUAUCACCACCUCUCGGUUGCCUUCCGAAAGGGCCGAUUGGUCGAUCCGGAGGGGAAGGAUGUUUACCUUCCGGAUUUCAACUCGAAAAACCGGCUCGAAUCACCACUGUAUCGAAAGGCCAUGAAGAAAAUGGACAUUCCAAUCUUAUAUUUCGUCGGAUCAUUGAACAAAGCUUGGGAGAUCGAUGCAUCGAGAGAUAGCUAUCAGAGAGUCAAGGAUGCAAACCCUGAUCAGUAUUACGAAUGGUUCGAGGCUCCUACCUAUGGACACCUAGACUGCAUCAUUGGGAAGAAUGCCGCAGAGGAUGUGUUUCCCCGUCUUUUGACCUUUCUUGACAAGUACGCAUUGCCUGAAAUGGUAUGGGAAGGAAAUGAUCAUGGCACUUGCUGCUACAAGUCAAUUUAGGAAAAAAAGUGAAACAUUUUUUUGGUCUCCCUUUCCUCAACAAAACGAAAUCUUUGGUCCCAAGGAGAUGUCUCGAAGAAUGUGUUUCCCCAACAAGUACGCAAUGAAUAAAAAUGAACAGGAAGGAAGACAGUGAUAAUUGUACUUGCUGCUACAAAUCAAAUCUAGGGAAAGAAAAUAAAAAUGAAACAACAUUCUUUUUGUGGCCCCUGCCUUAUCAAAUAUUAUGGAACGUUUUGCCCACUCAUAUUAAACUCACUGCAACUAUCUUUUUAAAGCUUCGUUAAAAGGCACCUUUUAUCCAGGUAUAUCACCUGUACUUGCACUUACUUGAACACACACUUUAUUGAUCAAUUUCAGAAUUUUUGACAGAAUAUUCCUUAUAGACCCAACCAAUAUUAUUGGUUUCCACGUAGCCCUUUCAUUUUUGGUUACAAUGACUCAAGUAUUGAUGCUUGAAAUACCACCCACAUGUUCAGAAUAUCAUCUCGUCAUGUGUACAUCCCUAGGAAAGAUGAUGAGCUGACUAGAUCUUGGAUCUCGUCAUAUCUACAUCCGCGUGCGAGAGAUGAUGAGAUGCCACGAUCUUAGAUCUCUACGUGUCUACAUCCGGCCGUGAGAGAGAUAAAUGUCGAAAUCCCGUAAGAGAGAUGACAAGAUCUCGUCAUGUCUACAUCACGUGGGAGAGAUUGUGAUCAUCAUUUACUAUAGGCUAUUAUUAGAAACAACUUGUGACCAAUCAGGGACCAUAGGAUUACCAUUAAGCCCGUAGCGGGGGGGGGGGGGGUUGUUCGGGGUUAAACUUUUAAAAGCAAGAAAAUGGAGGAAAACAGUUCUAACAGUUUUUUUUUUCAGGGAAAGGCUAACAGACAUAACAGACAUUUGAUAUUUUUUUACUGUACUUCUUUCUUGUAAAGUUUUUCUGAGAUGAACUAUGGCCGCUAUUGGAACUAUCAUUCACCCGCGCGGCCAACAUCCAGCUAUAAAUGAAAC